AUGAAGCCGGUAGCAAAUGCAAGUAACUUGGCCUCGCCCGCGGGGGCUCCCGCGGAAGUACCCUUAACCUCCAGUGCUGCCGCUUGCCAAAGCAGCGGUUCCCCUGGUUCUUUCCUUAUCGAUAUAGAGCCUUCUAAUGUGGUUGCCACUACACCGAAUGCGAGGGCGGAAGGAGACGGUGUUUUGGAGCCUCAAGUUCAACGGGGCGGGUUUUCGUCAUUAGGAAAGGUGUGUCCAGCAGAUGAAGGCGUUUGCAAUACGAGCCAUGUCAUGGGGAGUGUGGACGUGCGUCUGCCGUACGAGCGACCCAAGAGUAAGAAGUUCCAUAGAGCCUCCAGCUACCAGUGCCACGUCUCUUUAGAGGGGUGGCUACGGGCUUUCCCUCAAUUGACCCUGCAGGACCUUGGGCCAGGCUUUUCCUCUGGAAGCUUUGAAAACUCUCAGGGCCUCAGGCUAGCGACGUAUGCGUGGCGACAACAGGGGACCCCCAAAGGCGCCAUUGUUCUUUUCCAUUCAUACACUUCGUAUACACUUUUCGACUUCCUCCGGCAUCAGCCACCCAAUCGGCCUCUCGAUGAUUCCCAUGACGAGGCAGCAAACUGGGUGCCCAAAUAUCCAGGCAGUUGGGUGGAAGGCUUCUACAGGCUUGGUCUGAAUGUUUACGCCUUGGAUCACCAGUCGCACGGUCGUUCUGAAGGUUGGCGUAUGUGGCGUUGCAUCGUCUCAAAGUUUGAUUGUCUUGUGGACGACGCUUUGCAAUUCCUCAACGAAUAUGUUGCUACUGAUGAAUCCCUUGCACCUGACGUUCCUAUCGUUCUUCUCGGUUACUCUAUGGGUGGCAAUGUAGUUAUUCAAACGUUGGGUAGGAUACACAACGGGGAGAAGGAAGCGGUACUCCGGGAAAGAGUCAACCAGGCGAUUUUCCUCGCUCCGCUUAUAAAGAUAAGAUUGGAUUUCAAGACGCAUUUAAUGGUUAGACUUAAUCGGUCCCUCAUUUCGUGUUGCAUGCCGAAUUUGAGGAUUUCGCGGGCAGAUAAUAGCGGAGAUUGCCCAUUUCUUGGAUGGUGGUAUCAAAGGGACCCGUUUACCUAUUCCGGGAGGACAAAAUCACGUAUGGUCGCUGCCCUCUAUGACGCCUCUAGGAAGGUGCCCAAGGUCAUUCGCAAAUUCCCUCAUCAGCUGAAGCUACUUUGCCUCCAGGGUACCAAUGACCAAACAGUCGAUUUUCACGCUCCUCUGAGACUGUACGAGUCCCCUGUAAGGCUGGACCUUUUGUAUCUGUGCGGAUGGAGUCACUACAUCCCAAAGCACUCAGGAGCUGAAAGGCUUUUGGGCCUUGUCAUCACCUGGCUAGCGAAGACACUGGGGGGGAAAGUGCACCCGCACUCUCCUCAUAUGCAGCUAUUUUCCCUAACCCCCGAAAGGCUUUUGCCUUCCACAGCUACUAAUCGGGAGGAACCUUAG